AUGAGGUGGGAGAACCAGAGCAGUGUGUCAGAGUUCCUACUCCUGGGGCUCCCCAUCCAUCCAGAGCAGCAGGGCAUGUUCUUUGCCCUUUUCCUGGGCAUGUACCUGACCACGGUGCUGGGGAACCUACUCAUCAUUCUGCUUAUCAGGCUGGACCCUCGCCUCCACACCCCUAUGUACAUCUUCCUCAGCCACCUGGCCCUCACAGAUGUCUCCUUUUCAUCUGUCACUGUCCCUAAGAUGCUGAUAAACAUUCAGACUCAGAACCAAUCCAUUCCCUAUGCAGGGUGUGUGACACAGAUGUAUUUUUUCAUAUUUUUUUGUUGCAUUGAUAACCUUCUUCUUGCAGUGAUGGCCUAUGACAGGUAUGUGGCCAUUUGUCACCCUCUACACUAUGCCAUCAUCAUGAGGGAGAAGCUGUGUAUGUGUCUGUUGGCUGGAUCCUGGCUCUUCUCCUGUGCUUAUGCACUGACCCACACCCUCCUCCUGGCUCAACUGUCCUUCUGUGAUGACAACAUCAUCCUUCAGUUCUUCUGUGACCUUGCCGCCCUGCUUAAGCUGUCCUGCUCAGACUCCUCGAUCAAUGAGCUGAUCAUAUUCUCUGCAGGGGCUGCAGUUGUAAUUUUUUCACUGAGUUGUAUCCUUCUCUCUUAUGGCCAAAUUGGGGUCUCUAUCCGGAGGGUCCCCUCUACAAAAGGGAUCUGCAAAGCCUUAUCGACCUGUGGCUCCCACCUCUCUGUGGUAUGUCUAUUCUAUGGCACAAGUAUGGCAGUGUACUUUUUCUCCUCAUCAGGCCAGUCCCAUGGCGAAGAUAUCAUUUCUUCUGUGAUGUACACAGUGGUCACCCCCAUGCUGAACCCUUUCAUCUACAGCCUGAGAAACAGAGACAUGAAAUUGGCUCUGGGGAGUAUUUUCAGAAACAAUAAUCUUUUUGUCAAUUGA